AAGGCGCUCUUGCCGGAAUUCGGAGCCACAACAAGAAGACAGUCCGAGGAAACCGGCCCCGUGUCCACUUACACGCAUUUUCGCUCCCGUCCCUCGAAUUCGAGCCGUCCUAGCCGGAACGAAGGCCGCAAGUUCAGACAGAGCCUGCCUGGAAUGCGCAUGUGCGAAGCCUGAGGUUGUGGUUGUGGCUUUCUUGCAUUCUCACAAGAGUGCGCGAGCUGCAAACUUGGCGUUGUGCACAUGGCCGGCCUAGGCUACCACGACACCCGGGACAACUACAACAUGACAUAUCCAGAGCCCCCCCAAUACGCCCAGACCAUGGACCUCGGGCUGUCGCCAGAGCCAUACAGCACCUAUCCGCGGUCUGCACACGACUACCCAACGACGAUGGGGUACGAGAGCGGUGCUGUCUACGCCGAGGCGCCGCCUUACAUGUACAACAGCGGGAGGGUAUCACCGGGCAUGUACCCGGACGACGGCGAUGCAGCGUGCGGCCCAGCGUCGGACCUGAGCAACGCGAGCGCCUCGUCGUCCACCAUGGGCUCACCGCUCUCAAGCCACGGGCAGACGGCGCCAAUUCCCGAGUGGGCCGCGGCGCCCCACGGGCUCGGCCUAACGCCGGGCAUCGUCGAGCCGAGCGACUAUUUCCCGGGCGAGUACUCGUUCGCGCCGGGCGGCAUCGACGUCUUCCACCACAACGCGCCCUACGACUUCCCAGCAGCCAGCAAAGCGCCGGGUUUUGUCGGUGAGUUGUCACAGAUCCCUAGGUCUUCCCAUCUCUCUCCGCAUUCGCCCCGCGGCAGCGGACACGCCCGCCAUGGCUCCCUUUCUUCUUCCGCUUCGUGCGAUUCUGGAUCCACCGCUGUACCCCCCAAGCAUCCGAGUCCCGGUCUGGCCCUCGACACGCGCCUGGCGCAGCAGGUCUCAGUAGUGACUGCAUCAUCCCUGGUGGCACCGGCCUCCGCGUCGGCCUCCUCCUCGAUGGUUUCGGGUCCGCUCUUGACGCCGCCCACCACUUGCUCUUCCUUUCCUUCUUCUGCUACCCGCGCAGUUUGGAGCAGCCCUCCCAGCUCCCGCCUGGCCACUCGUUUCUUUUCUCAGUCUAGCGGGCACUUCGUUCCUCCUCUUGAGACUUGUUGGUUUCCUCUGUCGCAACAAGGCGAAACUUCUGUGUCGCGUGACCGGGAUGCUAACAUGGUUGCUGCCUGCGCAGACCCCUCCUUAAUACACCCGGAUGUGCGACCAUUGGCCAUGCCGUAUGACCACCCUUCGUACCCGGCACCGCCCAACUCGGCGUACCCGGCCUCGCCCGCGCUCUCCGUCUCGGCCUCGCCGCAGCUCCGGCCCGGCAGCACGUCCCCCUUCAUGCACGGUGGGAAUUACCAGCCCUACUCGCCGUUCCAGCCACCAGCCGACUCCCAGCGGCGGGGGAGUCUCCACUCGUACCAGUCAAACUACUCGGGUGAGCAACCCUACAGCGGCGAUGAGUCGCGGGAGAAGCAGCGCUGCCCGCACCCGGACUGCGGGAAGGCCUUCAAGGACCUCAAGGCGCAUAUGCUCACCCACCAGACGGAACGGCCCGAGAAAUGCCCUAUAACCACGUGCGAAUACCAUGUCAAGGGCUUUGCGAGAAAAUACGACAAGAACCGCCAUACCCUCACCCAUUACAAAGGGACGAUGGUGUGUGGGUUCUGUCCGGGUUCGGGCUCGGCGGCAGAAAAGUCGUUCAACAGGGCCGACGUGUUCAAGCGGCACUUGACCGCAGUGCACGGCGUCGAGCAGACACCGCCCAACAGUCGCAAGAAGGCGGCAGGAACGAGCAGCAGCACCAGCGGCAGCGCGAAGCUCACCGGCUACGCGCCCGACGCGACGGGCAAGUGCUCGACAUGUUCGCAGACCUUCAGCAACGCCCAGGACUUCUACGAGCAUCUCGAUGACUGCGUGCUGCGGAUCGUGCAGCAGGAGGAUCCGGCCGAGGCGAUCAACGCCCAGCGGCUGGCCGAAGUCGAGAAUGACCGGGACGUGCACAACACGCUCGAGAAAAACAACCUGCCCACUACCACCAUGACGUCGACCGCCGAGGACGCGGAUGACGAAGACGACGUCAUGGAGGACGACGAGGCGGAUGAGGAUUCGAAGGGCGGCCGGGGCGGCGGCAAGGGGUCGCUCGCAUCGCCGACAAGGAAGACAAAUAAGGGCAGCUCGCUGAACGGGAUCCAGAAGUCGCGAGGCCUUACCCACUCGCGCGGCGGCGUACCCCUCCAAACCAAGAGCCGAGGCCGCAAGAACCGACGCGACUACCCCUCCUCGUGGGGAUUCGACAAGGGCCAGAUGACGAUGAAGAAGCGCGUGCUGGCCGUCUUCGACGGGCCCCGGCGGCUGGCUAAGGACGACAUGAUGCUGUCGACCGAGCACGAAGUGCGCCUCAAGCUGCAGGACGGCAAGUCCUACGUCACAGACCUCGACCUGCAGACGCUCAAGCGCGCCGAGGGCUUCCUCAACGCCACCGACGAGGAAAAGGGCCCGUGGAUCUCGGACGAUCCGACCGACGAGCAGCUGAAGCAGAUGCUCGAGUACAGUGCUGUUCGGUCCGAGGCGCAACCAGCCCCCACCGCUGCGCAGUGAAACAAAAAUACCUAGUUAUGGGGAACGCUGUUCGACGAAGAGACGCGCCAACCUACCUACCUACCUCCCUCCCUCUCCCGCUUCUUGAUACCCCAUAAUAAGAAACUACCCAACGCGC